AUGAGUUACGAUCGCGCCAUCACCGUCUUCUCUCCCGACGGUCACCUUCUUCAGGUCGAAUACGCCAUGGAGGCGGUUCGACGAGGAGGUUGUGCAGUUGGGGUCAUGGGCAAGGAUUUAGUUGUUCUGGCGGUCGAGAAGAAAGCUGCCGCGAGGCUGCAGGAACCUCGGACGGCUCGGAAAGUCGUGAUGCUCGACGAGAAUCUCUGCCUCGCCUUCGCGGGACUGCAUGCAGAUGCCCGAGUGCUGAUCAACAAGACGCGCGUCGAGUGCCAGUCGUACCGCCUGAACACAGCGACGGCGCCUUCUGUGGACUACAUUGCCAAGUUCAUUGCCCAAGUGCAGCAAAAAUACACACAUCGAGGAGGCGUUCGGCCGUUCGGGCUCAGCUGCCUGAUUGCCGGCGCGGAGCACGACGGCUCUAUUGCUCUCUACCAGACGGAGCCGUCGGGGAUUUGCGCCAAGUGGAAGGCGCAAGCGAUGGGAAAGAACUACAAAACGGUCCAAGAGUACUUGGAGAAGAAUUACACCCCGGACCUAGAUGAAGACGCCGCCAUCCAGCUGGCCAUCAGCGCUCUGAUGGAAGUUGUGGAGGCAGGCCAUCGACACAUCGAGGUGGCUGUUGUGAAGAAGGAACAGUUUUACUUCCUCGACGAAGAUCGCCUUGAGAAAGAGGCCCAGCGCGUCGAGUCUCUGAAGAACUCGGAGGAGGAGAGCAAGAGCAGUGGCGGUAGCUCGUAA